AUUUGGUGGAAUGGAGAGCGUUUUCAUAUUAGAAGGCCAAUUUGGUGUUUUAUAGCUCCUGCUAUAGCAGAUUCCAUGGAACGUUGAGCUUCUUCUCUCUAUGAAGCCAAUAUCUUCUAUCUAGCUCACUUUAUGUUAAUCCUUGCUUUGAAUUGUCUGAUAGUAUUCUGAUUCUGAGCUAAUUCCGAAUCUCACUUAUGAUCAAUUUACUAUUCUCAUGGCAAAUCAGGACUUUUACUAGCCUCCAUAAUCCGCCACAUUUCAUCCAAAGGGUGCAUUGCCAUAUUUGUGUGUAAAUUUUUAGCUAUCCACCAUCCAUCAUUGAUAACACUGGCUUAAACAUACAUUUAUUUUUAAAGCAAGUAAGAGGUAGCCAUGCUUCCUUGCAAGAUUUCGAACUGUUGACAACAUUUCUGAUAUAGCUGCUACUAGAUUUACCAUUUCCAUGAUAUGCUUUUUUACUUGGCGUUGGACUGUACAUUAGAGCUUAUAUGUUACAAUAUUGAACAUUAAUAUCUGACAUAGAUAUUCAAUUCGUUUUGAGAGGAAAUGCUGAAACAUAUCAUGGAAAUGCUGAUGUUAUCUACUAUUUAGGAAUACUAGAUCAACUUCAUUUGUUCACCGAAGUCAUUUUGUUUUGAGAGGUUCACAAGUCAGGGUCCAUUGGGAGGAUACUGGACAUUUCUAAGUUCAGAGAUCAGGCUAUUGAGCGGGCUUGCUUAAUUGGCCUUGUAGGCCAACUAGAGGACCCUAAGACUCAGAUAUCAGGCUGGCAGCUUGUACUUUUCGACAGAGAGAAUGAUAUUCUUCUUCUAGGUGUGUUCCAGGCAGUAAGUUGCCAUAUACCGGUUGCUAUUCGUGCCAAAUUUGUAACAUAUUUAUUCAUUGUUUCAUUGAUUGUUGAAGCAAGUCUUCAUUAAGAUAUACUGCAUGUCUGCAUCCUUAUUGAAAUUUAAUCCUGGGGUGCCGGCGAUGAAUAAUGGACUCAGUAGCUUCAAGUUUCAGACUAUUAAUUAUGCUCAUUGGGGAUGUAACAGGGAUGCUCGGGAUGGGAACGAGAAUGCGAAGGUAUUAGGUUUACGAGCUUGUAUAGCUGAGAGGGACAAGGAAUUAUGUAGAUCGAAGGAGCUUUUGGGGAGUGAAAAGAGAAGGGCUGAUUCUAAGAGGAAGAGAGUUGCCGAAACAUGGAAGUUACUGGAACAAUAAAAGAAUAAGGGCGCAAAUUGCAAAAAUUAAAGUGGAGAAGGCUGAGGGGUACAUGGUUCAGAUUGGUCAAUUGGAGAAACAAUUUAGCGAAGCAAAACAAAAAUUGAAAUCUGAGACGUCUGCAUUUAAAGUGGUGACCAGAAGGUCUGAUUUAAAAAAGCGCUGGUUAUUUGCAGCGAAAAGAAAAGCCGGGUUAGGAAUGGCAAAAGCUAACAAAAAGUUGGAGGAGGUUGAAAAGCACAAAGCCAUUGAAAUGGUUAAAUUAGAGGAGCAGAAGGCGUUUGCAAAAGAUAACUGGAACAAGUUUGUGGAAGAGAAAUGUCACGCUGAUCAGAUGUCUCAGCAGCUAGAAGAAGUUGAGAGGACAGUUGAGGAUUUGAAGCGGAAGAUGCAUGAGCUCUCAUCCCUGAGAAAUCAAACUGAAAUGGCUACUGACAUCAGAAAGAAAACUAAAAGUAGUCAAUGUUCUAAAGUGAAACAUUUGAAAAACAAUCUGAACGUUGAAAAGUUAAGAGCAAGGCAUAACAAGCUAAAAUACAAGUUAGAAGCAAGUCGUUACAGUAUUUUACAUCACAAAUUAGGUUGUCGAAAGAUUGGUUUCAUUCAGCUUCUACGUCACUUUGAUGUACUCGAUGAAUCCUUUUUGCCUGUUUCAGGAAGUAUACAAGACCAAACAAAGGAUUGGAGUUGAUAACGGGGUGGAUAUGAAGAUCAGGGAGUUGAGAAACUGAGACGUAAUUUGUUUGCAUAUUUAUGCCGCAUAUCUUCCAGGAAAGCAGGCUUUCGUCUUCAAAUUACCACUGCCAAUACACUCUUUGUCCUUCUUCCUCUUGGUCUUGAAACCCUUUUUCAUACUAACAUCUAUAUUUCAACAUAUUCUAAGUCUGUUUUAGACAAUGUUGAAACUUUGAGGAAGUGGUUCUUUGGGCUGAGUAAAGAUCAACAAAUAUUGCUUUCGGGUAUUUUAAAGCACACCGAUGUAUGUAACAAGUCAAAUUUUUCUGUACUUUCACAUUUAAAACAGGGUUCCCGAGUUGAUCUCAGAAUAAAUUUGUAGAUCAACAAGUUUCUUGGAAAUUAACUGGAGAUGAUUCAAUUGGCUCGAGAGCCUUCAAUUUGGCUUACAUGCUGCAUUUGUGCUUCUUAAAUUUGCACAUGACUAU